UGUGCGUUAACCUGAAAAAAAAGUACCUCCAAACAAACAACCAUCCAAUUUGUAACCAAACAAAGUGUAAAUAAUAAACUAAGUUUCAGAUAUGUCUAUAAAAAUAAUAAUGAUAUAAUCAUAAUUAUUCUUAUUAUUAUUAUGAGUGAAUCGGACGAUACUGAUAUCUUACUACUGAUACCUCCGGAUUUAUUCACCGUCGCCUCUUCUCAGUCUGAUGACAGUUUGGUGGACUACCAGCAUCAGCGUAAUUUAAAUAACUCAACAGUUGUCUCAGAAUUGCUGGAGCACGUCCAGUCUCUGGAAGAUCGGAUAAGUGCAAUUGAAGUUAAAGAUAUCAGUCUGGAUCGAUCGGCUUACGAACUGGCUCCAGCAGAGCUUCGUAUUCCCGGAGCUGGAGCUGGAGCUGGAACUGGAACUGGAACUGGCGCUGGAAGUUUCAGUGCCAAUACUUUGCUCAGUGAUUUUUUAAAUGAAAAAAAUAAUUCAGAUACUAAAUCAUCUUCCAGUUUUCCAGUGACUCGUAUAAAUUAUUAUAAUUUACAUACUCCAGUUUCCAGUAUUUCUACACCAACUAAUUCUCCAGUUAAAAAAUAUGAUGAAAUAAAAUUUAAUAAAAAUUAUAGAGUUAAUGGAACUGGAACUGGAGCUGAAGCUGGAAUUCAUGUAACAAAUGAAGCUGAAGUUAAAAAUGAAACUAAUGGAGCCACGGGAACUAGAGCUGGAACUGUAACUGGAGUUGAUGGAAUUGGAAUUAAAAAUUUAUCAUUUUCAUCUUUAAGUUUUAAAAAUAAUAAUAAUGAUGAUAACUUACCAGGUUUAUUAUCAUUAAAUACUUCAAGAGAUAAAAUAGAAUCACCUAGAAAUAAAUUUGAGUACCCGAUGUCCAUAAUGGAGAGAACAAAACUCUGGGAGUCCAAAAAAUCACUCAAUACGAGUACCCCAAAAAAAUCAAUUGAUUUUAAUAACAAGUCUGGAGAGGGACAUGACAGGGCUGAUUUUUUUUUUGAUAAAAAUAAAAAAGAUGAUUGGAAGUCGCAACCUUUGUUGUCGUUGACAGACUUUUGGACGCCAGACCCCACGAAGAGUCAAGAUGAAAUCCUCAGGAUCAGAUUGGAAGAAGAGAAAUUUCGCCGGGAGCAUUGCGAACAAAUGAUCCAGGAAUUACAAAAAAGGUUACUAGAGCAACAGGAAAAAAUAGCAGUAGCAAUACGAGUAGAUAAAGACAAAAGUGACAUUAUUACAAAGUUCCAGGAUGUCUGGAAUAAAUUUAGAGUCCGGUGGGAUGAUUUGGAGUCAGAGCACAAUCAGCUGCAGUCUCAUGUUCAGGAACUGAUGGCCAAGCACCAGCAAGAAUUGGAGAGUCUCAAUUCAAAGUUGAAUUAUAAAGACGAAGAAUUGAAACAGACUGAAAAUCUUCUGAGGGAAUCAGAAAAAAAAUGUGAGAGUGCAGUAAAAGAUAAAUUGAAUCUUCUAGAAGAGCAUGCUAGUGAGUUAGAAAAAUAUAAAUCACUCGUUCAAGCUGCUGAUCAACGUUACGACGAUUUAAAAAGCGAUUUUGAUAAAUCGAAAGUUUUGAACGAGCAGCUGGAACAGACGGUAAAGAAUCUGCAGCAAGAGUUGCACAGAGAACGUCUAAAGAAUACAGAAGUACGCAGUGAAAUGUCUGUGGUACACAAGGCAUUGGAUACUUGUGAAGCUGAGCUUAUGGUUCUGAGGCAGGAGAAGGAAAAUUUGCUGUUAAAGUUGAAGGAGGAAGAGAAUCGGGUCAGCAUAUUAGAGAAAAACAAAAUGAUGCUACUGGAAGAUGUUAAUGAUACUAAAAAAUCUGAGAGUCUUGUGAGAGAAGAAAUGAAGGCUUUGAUAGCGCAGCAGGAACUAAAGAAAACUGAACUACGUGAAAUGUAUCAGAAACAAGUGGACGAUGUGGUCAAUACUAAAUUGAAGGAAUUUGAAGCUCAGUUGGACGCCGCUGAAUUAAAUUUCCAAUUGGAGCUCGAGUCUAAGCAACGGGCCAUUGCUGAAUGCGCUGCGAGGAAGAUCAAAAGUAUCAUUGACAAGCAUCAGUUAGAAAUAAAUUUAAUUGAAGAGAAACAUAAAGAAGAAAAACGUUUGUGUGAAAUUCGACUUUCCCAGACUAAUAAAAAGGCGCACGCUUAUGAAACUCAAUUGACUGCGUAUCAUAAUGCCAAGUCGCGACUUGCCGAACAAUUACAUUCACUCAUGGAGAAACAAUAUCAUCAAGCGUUACAUAUUUUGACAACUGGCAAUACUGAAACAUUCCAAUUACCACGUCAUGAUAAAUCCGUUGAUUUAUUAAAUUUAAUGAGUAGCUCGAAUUUCAAUACCACGACGUACUUGGAGCCUGUAAAAUUAAAUUCUAAAGAAAAAGAUAAAGAAAAGGAAAAGGAAAAAACGAAGAGGGAUUACACUGAGAAAGAUUAUGAUGAAUCUGUCGCCACUUAUUGUAAUUCGAGUGACGAUUUACAACCGCGGCAAAGUGAUGACGAUUUAAAAAAAUAUAUAAAAAUGAUACUGCACAUGCAACACACCCAAUCAUUAGACAAUAAUAUUACUGAUAACAUUAAAUCAUCUUCACCGUUGGUAUGCCGCGAGGUACCAAAAAAAUAUUAUUUAAAAGCCGAUAGUUCAAAAAAUAAUUCUUCUGAAGAAUUAUAUCCGACAAAAUCUACUGAGGACAUCAGUACUACAAUUAAUACUGAAUAUUUCACUCUAGAUAAAAAUAAAUGUCGGACUCCCGGGCGUGGUCAAGAAAAAAUAAAACCGCCUUGGAAAUAAUUAAUUAAAUAAUUAAUUAAUCAAUUAAGUACAAAAUGACUGAAUCAAUGUCUUUUAUAAAAAUAAUAAUUACUAUUUUUUUUAUAUAAUUAAAU